AACGGAAGAGAGCAUAAAAUAACAAAAUAUUUGUUGUAUUAAAAACAAAACAUACGAUAAGGUCUGAAAUGUGAUAUCAAUUUAUUUGAUUUCUUUGUUUGACUAUAGUUGUGUUGUUAAUAAAUAUUGCUUUUGCGUACAAAAUUGUGAUAAAAAUCAGCAAUUGUAAGAGAAGCACAAAGCAAGGCAAUUGACGACUGACCAAUGCAGUUUAUGCAGCUAAAAAUAAAUGCAGUGUUUAUUUAUUUGGAAUAUUGUAUAGUUUUGCAUUCCAUCUGUUAAUAUUAAGAAAUUGGAAAUAUUUAUCGGAUGCAGUGAACAGUGUGACGUUUUUAAUAUAAUUGUUUACAACUAGCCACAGUUACGCUAAACUAUUAGUAACGACUAAGAUUUGAAUAUUGUUUAAUUUUUCAAGUUGAAAAUAAUUUGACUAAAAUGAACAAAUAUUGCGUUCUUUUGGUAUUACUAUGUAUUUUUGGAAAUCGUCACUCUUAUGAAGUAUAUGCUUUCCACAGUCAAGUACGUUUAUCUCCAAUUAUUUUCGUUCCAGGCGAUGGAGGUACUCAAUUAAGAGCAAAAUUGAAUAAGUCAAGUUCACCACAUUAUAUUUGCCAAAAACAGUCAGAUUGGUAUAGUAUAUGGUUAAAUCUAGACCAACUGAUACCCGGAGCUAUAGAUUGUUGGGUCGAUAACAUUAAAUUAUAUUAUGAUAAUAUAACACGUACCACGCAUAACACACCAGGCGUUACUAUAAGUAUUCCCGAAAAUGGCUGGGGUGAUCCCGAAAUUGUAGAAUGGAUUGAUCCAACCCGUAAUAAGAACGGUGCUUAUUUUAAGGAUAUUGGUGAUAUGCUUGUAAAAGAAUUUAAUUAUGUACGUUUGAAAAAUUUACACGGUGCACCAUAUGAUUUUCGAAAAGCACCAAAUGAGCAGAAACAAUUUUUUAUUGAUUUAAAACAACUUGUUGAAACCAGUUACGAGCGCAAUGAUAGAACUCCAGUUACUUUUAUAUCACAUAGUAUGGGUAGCCCUAUGACAUUAGUUUUUCUACAACAACAAACAUACGCAUGGAAGAAAAAGUAUGUGAAACGUAUCAUUAGUCUUGCUGGAGCCUGGGCAGGCAGUAUAAAAGCUGUUAAAGUUUUCGCCAUGGGUGACGAUUUAGAUGCGCUUCUUUUAAGUGCAGAUAAAUUAAAAGCUGAACAAAUAUCAUGUCCAUCCACUGCUUGGUUAUUGCCAUCUCCGUACUUUUGGAAAACCAAUGAGGUCAUUAUACACGCUCCUAAUCGCGACUAUACCAUGUCUCAGUUAUCAAAUUUCUUUACUGAUAUUGAUUAUCAAAUUGGCUGGGAAAUGCGUAAAGAUACAUUAAAAUAUACACUAAAUUUCAGUCCUCCAGAUGUUGAAUUGCACUGCUUAUAUGGAGAUAAUAUGGAUACUGUGGAAAAAUUGCGUUAUAAAAAGACUCCAAUCGUGAAUGAGAAGCCUGAACUUAUAUUUGGCAGAGGAGAUGGUACUGUAAAUAGGCGUUCACUAGAAGCUUGUCAGCAUUGGAUUGGAUACCAAAAUGAAAGUAUAACAUAUAUGUCCUAUAGUCAUGUAGAUCAUAUGGGUAUUUUAGCAAAUGUAAAUGUUUUAAAAUACAUUAAAAAUGUAAUAUCUAAGGAUUUGUAAUAAGCUUUAAGACAAUAUCUACGAUCAGGGACUGUAACAGUUAUUAAUUAAAAAAAAUAAAUAAUAAGUUUAAUCAUUCGGCUUUUAAAAUAAA